AUGUCCACCGCCGAGCUCGCCAGCGCUUACGCCGCUCUCAUCCUUGCCGACGACGGCAUUGAAAUUACAGCUGAUAAACUCAACACCCUCAUCAAAGCCGCCGGUGUCGUCGACGUCGAACCCAUCUGGGCUACUCUGUUCGCAAAGGCACUCGAAGGGAAGGAUGUGAAGGAUAUGCUUCUCAACGUUGGUUCGGGCGGUGGUGCCGCGGCUGCUGCUCCUGCCGCUGGAGGUGCCGCUGGCGGCGCUGCUGCAGCUGACGAGGCGCCCAAAGAAGAAGAGAAAAAGGAAGAGGAGAAGGAAGAGUCCGACGAGGAUAUGGGUUUCGGUCUCUUCGAUUAA